CAGAAUAAGCAAGUCAUGAGAGCCUGUAGUUAUUCAACCUUACUUGAUUUUAUUGUACUCUGUAAUUACUCACUUUUAUUUAACUAAGAGUCCAACUGAAGUUACAUCUCUGCCCCUUGAGCACUGUCUAUAAAUUGGCAUCAACUCUGAGCGAGUAUUGUGGAAAGAAAGCAAAGAAUGAAAAAGAAAAGCGUUAGCACGGCAGCCGUCUUCUUCUCUUUCUUGUUAACCCUCGCAUAUGCAGGCAGACCUGCCCCUGCCACUGCUCCUGGCUCUGCAUCUUGCUUUGAUGUUUCAAGCAAUAUUCAAAAUGAGGUUUUGGAAGAGAAGGACACUUGUGAAGGCAUGGGCAAAGAAGAGUGCUUGAUGAGAAGAACACUUGCAGCCCACAUAGACUAUAUCUACACACAGAAGAAGCAAAAGCCGUGAACAAUGAAAAUCCAAUUGUCACUUGUUUCAGUUUCAGGAAAUUUCAUACUAUAAACCAGUGUGUAAUAAGUUUUUCUAGUGACAUAAUCUUCAGAUUGGAAACUUGGAAAUGUAAUCUUUCAUGAUGCAUUAGCUAA